GACAUUGAGUUGACAGUAGUAGUUUGAGUUAGUAUGCGGAUGUAAAUUUAUGUUCAUUAUCAAAAUCAGUAACAUCUGUAAAAAAUCGCGACAACCUCCUUUUUAAUAUGGUGAUUUUUUUUUCUGACUGUUUGAGUUUUAUUAAAAUUAACCAUUGUUCUUCCAUAGUAGCAUACAUUUACAUAAUGAUAACCAGAGUUAAAACCACACAUAUAGCACCUCAAUACUGUGGUAAAAAUCCAACUAUAUGGUCUCUAGGUAGCCUAUUAAUAUGUAAAACAGUAGUCUAAAUACAUUUAUUAUAAUGCACAAACGCUAGCCUAUAGCUUAAUCACAAAUAUACUGUAAUUCCAUUCAAUUACUCCUUUAAUACACGUCUACAUUAAUAUAAUACAUUUGAUAUAAACACCACACAUUUCUGCCACAAUACCAUGGUGCAGUUAAUGUUACUACAGUAAAUCCCUGGUAAACGAUGGCGAUUUGUAGAGUGAAAAGCCUUCUGACUGUAUCGUUGCACACAGUGUUUUUCUGCUGUUUGUCAGCGCUGUUUUAUCUGGGUUUAAACUUGUUUAUAUCAGUUGACUGAUAUCGACUGAUACUAGUUUAUGCCAGUCAUUUGUGUUCUUCGCUAAAUUCAAGCGCUUCUCACUGGAUCUCACAGCGCUGUUUAGUGGUUGCGUGUUCUGCUCUAGUCAGCGCGCUCUGCGCUGCGCCGCAGUUUGAACCGAGCGGAUAUGGUCCGUGUGGCGCGGUUCAAAUGAGUAGCGCUGUUUUGUUCCGCUUUUCCCGCAUGAAUCGUUAUCGUUUUAUCGCCCAGCCCUGCCUCAAAGUAUAUCUGCUCCCGCGCCCCCCAGGUUGGGAACCUCUGAUUUAGAACAAUGUAUAUAGACAUUAAGCAUGCAUGUACAUUGCCUCAUUUCUUAAAGAUUUCUUUGGUUCAGAGUUUCAGCAAAUGAGUAUUUAUUUAUUUAUUUAUUUUUUGGUUUCGUAAGGGUCUUCAGUUACUGUAUUAUUCUUUUGAGAUGAAAAAAAGUUACAUUAGGUUGACUUAGAAAUGGUUUAAAGCAUCUGGUUUUAUGAAUAACCUAAAAGGUAUUGGUGAAACCGAAAAGUUGUCUUACUACAUCAGAUAAAAUAAAAUAGGAGAAUACUUUCUUAAUAGUAGCCUAUUGUAUUUAUUCUUGUGCGGCAGUGUAAGAAUAAACAGUCGAAAAGGGGAAGAAGUGUUUAAUCGCUUAAAACAGGCGUAGUCUUCAUUGAAUUGCGGUCUUUGAGCCUAUCACUUGUAUUUGUCAAUUAUUUUAAAACAAUGAUGAUGAGAAUCAAAAUAGGCCCACUCAGUUUGUCCACACCGUGGAUAUCAAUAAUUUUAAUGAGAAGCGAGUUGUUUGUACGACAAGUUUAAUCUGCUCUAACCAGUUGGUCACCUACGCCCUAGUUACAUUCACGGUCAUGGUCCACUGACACGCACACGUCGCUAGAAUCAAAGCUGAACACUAAAUGUUCUUGCAGCUGAUCUCAUGAUAAGGUGCAGAAAGGUGCUGGAGGAAUCACCUGGAACCACCUCGACCUCACUCUAAACCGGCCAAACAUCAGAGAGUAUAAGCCCCUCAGCAUUCAAAAUGCGCUGGUGUAAAUACGUAAAGGUCAUCUUGGUUUUGUUAAGCGCCACCAUCUUUACUGUGACCAUACAUAAAGUUCCUUAUGGACAUUUUAAAGAUUUGUUGAACAAUAGUGUGGUGGAGCGGCUCUUUCAUGAAGAACCCUGUGCCUGUAUGGAGCACUGUUUGGCUGCGAGUGACGACGAGUGGUUUGCUGAACAUUUCAGAAAAGAUGUCCCACCAGCGCUCUCUCUCAAUAACAGCGUCCUCCCUAACCACAUCUUUAAGUGGUGGCAGUCUCUACAAUCGACAAGGAGCAAAGCUAAUUACUCCCAAGUGAUUAAGGAGCUGUUUUCUGUCAUCCCUGGAGAGGAAUGGUACAGAGACGCCAGCCCGUCCCGCUGUCGAACCUGUGCUGUGGUGGGGAACUCUGGGAACCUUUUAGGAUCAUACUAUGGUCCUGUUAUAGACAACCACGAUUUUGUGUUCAGGAUGAAUAAGGCACCAGUUCAAGGCUAUGAGAAAGAUGUGGGAUCCAGGACGACCCAUCAUAUCAUGUACCCAGAAAGUGCCAUCCAUCUGGACAACAACACACACCUGGUGCUGUUGCCCUUCAAAACACUAGAUAUCCAGUGGGUCACCAGUGCUCUAACUGAUGGAUCUAUCAAACGAACACGGUUUAAGGUUAUAGACAAGCUACAAGCCAACAAGGACAAAGUGAUGGUUAUGCACCCUGCUUUCAUGCAUUAUGUGCACAAAACGUGGCUGCACAUUAAGUCUCGAAGAUCUUAUCCAUCUACGGGUUUUCUUGUGCUAAUAUUCGCCAUGCACAUUUGUGAUGAGGUCAAUGUGUUUGGCUUUGGUGCGAACAGUAAAGGCACCUGGCACCACUAUUUUGAAAAAACACCCAAGUCUUUCAAACGCACUGGUAAACACAGUGGCGGGAUUGAGCAUGAAACCAUCUUAGAACUUCACGAAAGGAGGCUGAUUGAUCUAUACAUGGGGUGGUGAAAAGGAUAAUGACAUUAAGUAAUACAAUUAUUUAUUGAUAUUAACUUUUUAUGAUAAAUAUAUAUAUUAUAUUAAUUUACUCUUUUUUCAAAAUGUACACUUCGGUUCAAAUGUUUUGGCUCAGAAAGCUUUUGUGUGUGUUUUUUUUAAACUUAAAAAAAAAAUAGCAAUGAUAUUGAUAGCAAUGAUAUUGAUUUUAUGAUUUUGCAUCUAUCAGUUGGGUGUGUUUGUGUGCACAAGCAAGCCAUUUUUAAUUAAAAAGGACAUUUUUAAUUUAAUUUAAUGUAAUGUUAACUUUUGAUUUGUAAUGUAAAUGUAAAAUUUUUGGUCCCACUUUACAUUAGGUGGCCUUAACUACAAUGUACUUACAUUUAAAUUAAUAAUUUGAUACAAUGCACUUAUUGUGUACAUACAUGUUUUUACAUUGUACUUAUAUUUUUAAAAAUACCUGUAUGUAGUUGCAUCUGUAAUUAAUUUCUGUAAUUACAUUUUUAAUUACUCUGGUGACCCAUCACUUACACCUUAACCCACCCUUAAACUUACCCAUACCACCAAACCUGUCCCUAACCUUACCCGUAUCCCACCUCAAUAGCAGUAAAAGUUUUUUGCAAUACAAUAAGUACAUUGUACCUAUUUUUCGAGUACAUAGUAGUUAAGGCCACCUAAUAUAAAGUGUGACCAAAUUUUUAAAUGAAAACUGUGAUAUACUCAAGGCAACAUAUUAAAUGCACAUACAUAUAAUUGUUUCUCCUCCAGUCCUUUCAUUUUGGUGUUUUACUUUCACAUGAUCAAUAAUAGGAUUGCACUAUUAAACCAUAUGUAUUCAUACAUUCUUUAAUACUCUGUUAAAUUCUGAAGAUGAAGCAGCAAUCUUCACAAGAGGCAUUGUGAAAUCUGCAUGAUGACAUACUGUAUGUGAGUUAUAAACAUUUGUUUUGCUGUCAAAGACAUUCUUAUUUAAAUCUCAGUCUUCAUUGUUCUGUUGUCACUGAAUAAACAGAGAAA